AUGACCAAAAAAGUCGAGGUUGACCAGCUCCACGAAACUCUCUUCGAGGAGGGUAUCAAAUUACGCCGCGCCGUCGUCGGCGAUACCUACGUCGAUAGAGCUUUAGCUCAAGGAUCCAGCGACUUUUCGCGUCCUGGCCAGGAAUUAAUCACAGAAUGGUGCUGGGGUCAUAUUUGGACUAGACCGGGACUUGAGCGGAAGCAACGAAGCCUGUUGAAUCUGGGUAUGUUGAUUGCGUUGAAAGCCUGGCCGGAAUUGGCUCUUCAUACUCGCGGCGCUAUCAUCAACGGCCUUACCGAGAAGGAGAUUAGCGAGGCUGUUUUGCAGGCCACUGUUUACUGUGGCGCCCCUACUGGGAUUGAAGCAACCAAGGUUACGGAGAGGGCUAUCAAUGAGAUGAUUGCGAAUGGGGAGUACAAGCGCUCAUAA